AUGACGGCACCUCUGGCACAGCAGACCAUCGCGGUCAAAGACCCCUCGGCAGUGCGCAAGCGCAGAAGACGCGCUCCCGCUGGUGGUGCUUCUGAUGACUGUUUCUCCUGCUCCAAGAAGAACAUCAAGUGCGACCGACGGCGGCCGUACUGCUCUCAAUGCCUUGAAGUGGGCAGUGAGUGCUCUGGGUACAAGACGCAGUUGACCUGGGGAGUUGGAGUUGCCAGCCGUGGCAAGCUUCGCGGCUUGUCUCUGCCCAUCGCAAAAGCACCCCCUGUGACUCGUGAGCCCAAGAAGCUGUCAGGUUCCCGCUCGAGAUCGAGCAGCUCCAUCUCGAGCGUGGCCAUCCCAGGAGCGGAACACGAUGAUAUUGGUGCCAUGUCUCGCCGACCCAUUGACAUUCCCGUUGUCACGCAGGUUGCCUCGGCGCCCACAACUCCCUAUCCCAUGGCUGGAUACGACUACCUUUCAAUGUCGCACCCCGAGAACACGCCCCCUUUACCCCAUGGCAGCUGGGGAAGUAUUGCCUACUCUCCUGUUCUCAGUCACUCACCGGAUACGACCCCGAAGUUUACCAGGUUCCCUCUCCCGCUCGUCACCGAGGACCUUUCCUCCUCGAUCGACUCUCUCCACGAAGUCGACUACCUCUCUCCGAUGAGCCAGUCCUUCACCAGAGACGACAUACCGUAUGGCCAUAGCCCAACUCUCAUGUACGAGAACUACGCGACUGGCAACAGCUCGCCCGGCCCGCAGAGCCCUCCUUCCUCUCUCUAUUUGGAUCACUCGAGAACAAUGGCUCCGACCUCGUGCCCGAGCCUUGUACACGCCCCCUCAGACCCGGGCUCCAGCAUCCAUUCUCACAUGGACUUUGAGUCACAGCUCAGCCAAAAGCUCAUUCACGACUGUGACACCUACAGCGUCCCGGAGGUCGACGCCUACAGCACCAGCUACAACUCGGCACCCCGAGUGUGGCAGUCGCCGUCUAUUCAAGAGGAGGAUGUGAAAUCGCAUUACUCGGACUUUGCGCCGUCUCAUUGGCCAACCGCUUCAGAGAGCCAGUCGAUACAGAUAACCCAAGAUCUGACUUCUAAGAUGCCUUUCUUCAUCGACUAUUAUGAGAACGUCAUGUGUCCGUCAAUGGUUUUCAUCGACGGCCCUCAAAACCCGUUCCGCGAACAUGUCCUGCAUUUGGCUGGGAAUAGUCGGAGUUUACAACAUGCCAUCUGCGCGUUGGCAUCGUGCAAUUUGCGCAUGAAGAGGAAGUUGAGCCUCGGGCAUGAUACCCGGGAACUGUCGGAAAAGUUGAUGGCCGAGAAACACGCCGCUGAAGCCAUGGCCGAUGCCCAAUCCCACGACCAGUCCCUCGCCGAGGAAUAUCAGCACCGCAAUAUGGCUGUGCACCUCCUCAACCAACAGCUCAACGACCCAAACAAGUCUAGCCACGAUUCGGUCCUCGCCACCAUUCUUUUGCUGUGCCACUACCGCAUGGUUGAGUCUGGCAUUGCCAAGUUCCACACCCAGUUUGCUGGUGUCAACAAGAUCCUGGCCUUGAGAUCGCGCCAGUAUGCCAAUUCGGGAGAAUCCGCCUGGAUGGAAGCGCUCUUUACUUACUUUGACGCUAUCUCCGCUAGCAUUAACGACCGAGAGGCUCAGCUCAACCCCACCUCUGUUGGACUAGUAUCAGACGAUGAACCCCUACCCGCUGGUGCCGAGAACCUGGUCGGUUGUGAUAGGGAGCUCUUCAAGACUAUCCGCAAGCUAGGUCGACUGAAUCUACUUUCCCAGAACCGUCCGGUCAAAACCAUUGCCUCCUCCCCGGGACCUCGCAGUGCAGCCGCCGCCUCGCCGUCGCCGUCAUACAUAUCACCCCUGGGACAUUCCUACAAGGACAACCUGGCGAUUGGUGGCAUGCAGGGGCAACAGGCCGGUAACGUUUGUGGCAGCUUCACCGAUCCUCGAUUUGAUGGAAACGGCUUCGGCACAACGCUAAGCGAGAACGAUAUGCUCUCGCCCGGGGCUUGCUCGACAACAAAUUACGAUGGCGAUCGCUCCACGUUUUGGCAUGAGUGGAAGGAGGCCCGUGUUGCACUCCAAGAGUGGCAGUUUGAUGUCGCGCGUGUUGCAGACUCCUUGCCAGGGUCACCCAGCACGGCCCAGUUGCGAGACCUGCAGUCACUAUCGGAGGCGUUCCGCUACGCUGCGCUACUCUACACCGAGCGGCUUGUAAGCCCCUCUCUACCACCCAGCCACCAGAGCAUCCAAGGCCUUGUGAGCCAGGUGGUCUACUACGCCACCAGCCUGGAGACGGGAAGCCGGGCUGAGAAGUUUCUUCUCUGGCCGCUGUUCGUGGCAGGUUGCGAGUGUGUCAACUCGUUACAGCAAGACAUUGUGCGAACCAAGUGCCGAGACAUCAUGUCUCGUUCCGGGUACAUGAACAACUUGGCGGCUCUCGACGUCAUGGAGAAGCUCUGGGUGAGCGAGUGGACGGGCGAAGAGGCACCUAGCCCUGGGGCCCAGAUUGGCAACCGACGAGGACCAUUCAACUGGACCAGGUGCAUUGGAGGUCCAGGGGUGGAGGUGGAGUGGAUUAUGUUUUGA